GAAGCAAGAGAAUUUGUAAUUUGUGCGGUUAAGAAGAAUCCGAGAUCAGAAAUUAGAGGAAAUUGUGUUGCUUCUCUUGUAGAGUAUAAGAUGUUCAUUGACCGUGUUUUACAAGAUGGGGUUCAUCGCCAAACGUCAACUUCAGAACAGAGUACUAUGAUUUUGUCUAAGAACAGUCCUGUGAUGGUGGAAAGUAACUCGGCUGAUGUUUUCUCUAUGGGACAACUAGAAUCAAAAGAUGGAAUGUUGGUUCUUGUUAAUCAGACUGAUUCUGAUGAAUUCUUUGGAAUGGUGAACGUGGAAAAUCAAGAAUGCUAUUAUCACGAAGGUGAUGAGGAGAAAGUUGAUUGGGAAUCUAUAUUGGAUUUUGGGGAUCAUGGUUCAGCGGCGCAAAAGAUCCAAAGUGGGAGAUAUAGUUGGGAGCAAAACGGAGUGGCUUCACUGUUCAAGGAUUUAGCCAAGAUUUCAGCAUAUAGGGAUAGAAGCUUUCCAGGAACACAGGAAGAAUUUGAAGAUGCUUUGCUGAAGUCGACAACUGUUUAUGUGGGGAACAUGUCCUUCUACACAACAGAGGAACAAGUGUAUGAGCUGUUCUCUCGUGCUGGAGAGAUUAAAAAGAUAGUGAUGGGAUUGGACAAGAAUUCCAAAACUCCUUGUGGUUUCUGCUUUGUAAUCUUCUACUCUAGGGACGACACCGAAGAUUCUGUCAAAUAUAUCAGUGGGACAAUUGUUGAUGAUCGCCCUAUUUGUGUGGAUUUUGAUUGGGGAUUUCAAGAAGGUAGAUACUGGGGCCGCGGUAGGAGUGGUGGACAGGCAAUCUCCUCAGUGGUCAUUCUCAUUGUGAUUGAACUUUCGACCCCAAGACUGGUGCAUCAGCAUCUAGUUGUCUUUCUAGGUUCUAUGCCACCAUCUACAAGAACCACAAGCCGCAAGGAUAAUCAACUUGACGAAAGAUUUAUACGUCGAGGUGGUUAUGGAAAAUUGGCCCAAAAGGAAUUGGAACAAAGACAGCUAGUGGAUUAUGGUACAGGAUCAUUGGCGCUUACCCACCAGUUAUGCCGUCACAGUAGUCACCUCACUAUGGUAGACGUGGUGGAAAUCAUGGUCAUGGAGGUUCUUAUGGGCAAGGUAGAGACUAUCAUCGCAAGCGACACAGGGAAUCUCGAAGAAUCUCUGAUCAUGAAUCUAGACCGGAGAAGAAUCCAUGUUUCCUUGAGAGUGGUGAUUCUGAUGAAGAGGAAGCGGCGUACUUAGUUCUGAUUAUUGGAUCGCAAUCUUCUUUAUGAAAUGCCAUCAUGGAACCAGUAUAGAAGUCGCAGUACUUGGGGUUUUAUUACUCAAAAUCUGUAAUUAGAGGCGAAUCUAGGAAUUGAAGGGGGUGGGUGCUACAUUUCCUUUAAUGUAUACCUUGUUUUGACUA